UAUGGCAUUGUCAUCACCUUUAAGUCCGGCUCUGUCAACAAGAUCAAACAAGGGUUUUAGGAGAACAACAGUGGUUUUAGCUUCCAUGGCUGAUUUGAGCAGUGUGCUUGUCACUGGAGCCGGUGGCAGAACAGGUCAGAUAGUUUACAAGGAACUGAAAGAGAGGUCUGACCAGUUUGUUGCAAGAGGACUGGUUAGAACUCCAGAAAGCAAGGAGUCAAUCGGUGGAGCAGAUGAUGUUUUCGUCGGUGAUAUAAGGGAUACCGCCACUCUAGUUCCUGCUAUGCAAGGAAUUGAUGCUCUCAUAAUUCUUACAAGUUCUGCUCCGAGAAUGAAACCCGGAUUCGAUCCAUCGAAAGGAGGAAGACCCGAGUUCUAUUUUGAAGAUGGAGCAUACCCUGAGCAAGUUGAUUGGAUUGGUCAGAAAAAUCAAAUAGAUGUUGCUAAGGAGGCUGGCGUGAAGCAGAUCGUGUUGGUCGGGUCGAUGGGUGGAACAAACCGUGAUCAUCCCUUGAACAGCUUCGCCAAUGGGAACAUUUUGGUCUGGAAGAGAAAGGCCGAGCAGUAUUUGGUCGAUUCUGGUGUUCCGUACACAAUUAUCAGGGCUGGAGGGAUGCAGGAUAGAGAUGGUGGCAUCAGAGAACUACUUGUUGGGAAGGACGAUGAGCUUCUUCAGACUGAAACAAAAUCAAUUGCCAGGCCUGAUGUAGCUGAAGUUUGCAUUCAGGCUCUGAAAUUCGAGGAGGCCAAGUUUAAGGCGUUUGAUCUAGCCUCGAAACCGGAGGGAACGGGCACCCCGACAAAGGACUUCAAGGCUCUUUUUUCCCAGAUCACUACUCGUUUCUAAUUAAAACCAAACCAUGACCUGC